AUGCAGAGUUGGACGCAGUUAUACCGCUCCCUCGCCACGCGGGGCCACCAGCUUCCCUGCAAACUCCAUGGAGCUGCAGCAGUGUCGGUCAGAACGUACGCUGACAAAGCAGCCAUUGAUGCUGACGUCACAGUGGUGGGCUCUGGUCCAGGAGGAUACGUCGCCGCUAUUAAGGCCGCACAGCUUGGCUUUAAGACAGUAUGUGUGGAGAAAAAUGCAACGUUGGGCGGAACCUGCCUGAAUGUUGGUUGUAUACCUUCAAAGGCACUUCUCAACAACUCCUACUUGUACCACAUGGCUCACGGAAAGGAUUUUGAAAGCAGAGGAAUAGAAAUUUCAGGAAUCUCGCUGAACCUUGAAAAAAUGAUGGCACAGAAAUCGAACGCAGUCAAAGCAUUAACUGGAGGAAUCGCACAUCUCUUCAAACAGAACAAAGUGACCCAUGUGAACGGGUUUGGAAAGGUGACUGGGAAGAACCAGGUGACCGCCACAACAGCAGACGGAGAGCAGGUCAUAAACACCAAGAACAUCCUCAUCGCCACAGGCUCCGAGGUCACGCCCUUUCCUGGCAUUGAGAUUGAUGAAGUGUCCGUAGUUUCAUCGACAGGAGCUUUGAGUCUGAAGAAGGUUCCAGAGGAGCUCAUAGUCAUCGGAGCUGGAGUCAUCGGAGUGGAGCUGGGCUCCGUGUGGCAGCGACUCGGGUCUAAAGUCACCGCUGUGGAGUUCCUCGGCCAUGUGGGCGGCAUGGGCAUCGAUAUGGAGAUGUCCAAAAACUUUCAGCGAAUUCUGCAAAAGCAAGGUCUGAAGUUCAAACUGGGAACUAAAGUCAUGGGAGCCACAAGGAGGCCAGACGGAAAGAUCGAUGUGGCGGUUGAAGCCGCAGCGGGAGGAAAGAACGAUACUCUCACUUGUGAUGUUUUGCUGGUGUGUAUUGGACGGAGGCCGUUCACUCAGAACUUGGGUUUGGAAUCUGUGGGAAUCGAGCUGGACAACAGAGGCCGCAUCCCGGUCAACAACCGCUUCCAGACCAAAGUACCCAGUGUAUAUGCCAUUGGUGACGUGGUCGCCGGGCCCAUGUUGGCGCACAAAGCUGAGGACGAGGGGAUCAUCUGCGUGGAGGGCAUGGCCGGAGGAGCCGUGCACAUCGACUACAACUGUGUCCCAUCUGUGAUCUACACUCACCCUGAGGUGGCCUGGAUCGGCAAGACAGAGGAGCAGAUCAAGGAGGAGGGCGUCCCGUACAAAGUCGGCAAGUUCCCGUUCGCCGCCAACAGCCGCGCCAAAACCAACGCAGACACUGACGGCUUGGUCAAGAUCAUCGGCCACAAAGAGACGGACAGGAUGCUCGGAGCUCACAUCAUCGGAACUGGGGCAGGAGAUAUGAUCAAUGAAGCUGCUUUGGCUAUGGAGUAUGGGGCGUCUUGUGAGGAUAUUGCCAGAGUUUGUCACGCACAUCCGGUUUCCUCCGGGUGCUCCGGUUUCCCCUACCACUAA